AUGCCGAAGAAAAGACACCAGACCAAAUACACAAAACCGCCGUCGAUAGCUCCGCCGACUCUUCGUAUCACGUCUUCACAGACGACCACGAGCCAAAAUGAGCGUACCGUUAACGACAUCCUCGCUGACAUGCGCAGGACUGGAUUGAAUUCGAGUUCAUCGCGAAACCCUGCCCUCGCAACCCCAACACCGAGCUUGCCACCAGCAAUAAGCCAUAUCCUGCAACUCCCAGAAACGCCGGCACCUAGGCCUAGGAGGCUCCAGCGAAGGGAUAUCAAUGGCAGACGGGUACCUCCAGGGCCGCCGCCGCCACGUUCAUGGCUGUCGCUCUCACAGUCUCGACAUGCACCAACGAGUUCUGUUCACGAACAUGUGACGCAGAUCAAGCUUUGGCCGUUGCCUGGCUCAUUUCUUCCCACGCAUGGCAGUCUUGUUGACAUCACCUUGCAUCGCCUCGUGGCCGAUUGGAACAUACAACGAGACUGGAACAGAUUUUAUCUCUACAACCUGCCAAAUAGACUCAGGACUGCACUUGUCUACUACGUGUCUAAUUAUCACGAGUCGGGAAUAUCUGCCGCAGACCUGCGACUCAUCUUGCUUGGUCCGUCAGAAGCAGAACUGGCCGAGUAUGAGGUGGAACCCCCCGACCCAGCAUUGUUGAACGAUGGCAUUCGUCACUUAGACCUUACAGGUUCAGUUGGGAGAUCUAUAAGCUUAAAAUCUCUUUCCGACCUCUUAUUUCCCGCCGUUAUGCCUAUACAAGUCGAAGUACAAGAUUCAUGGGAUGCACCUGAGCCACGGCUUGCACCCACAGCUCUUCUUCCCAACUUGACACAUCUGUCGUUUGCCAUCGAUCACGAUCUGGGCGAUGGCCCUUCCUGGAAACACCUUCUAUCACUUUCAAACAAGCUAUCAGGGCUGACUCACCUCAAUCUGUCCGGAUGGCCAACACCCUGCACAACGCCAAACGCGACUUACACCAAGAUGGUCUCGUCAGGUACUGGGCAAUCCGUCAAUUAUGGCGGCACCAAUAUCUACAGCCAUGCUUUAGACGACGACUGGUCAGAAGCAAUAUCAGUCCUGAAGCGACUCAGCAAGGCGCUCUAUCGACUCGAAUACCUCGAUCUUACUGGAUGUGGAGAUUGGUUUCCAGCUUUGCGAAAAGAAUCAGAUGCAGAGCUUGUUGUUGAUUUCGUGGACUGGGCCCGCGAAUGGGGCAAAAUCACAACCUUGAGACUUUGUUCCGGGUAUCUUGCGGCAGUGACGCAUCCGAACGAUGCGUCCAUGAGACUUCAGCAAUGGAGGUCCGAGGCAUUGUUGGUAGAAAAGCGUAUCAGAAGUCAGAGAGCCGGUCAAGGACACCGUUUAAAUGUCGAAGUAGAUCCUCAAGUGGAUUUCUACUGA